GGUGAGGCGGAGCGGGACCGGCCCCGGCUGCUCCUUCUUCCUCCUCCUCCUCCUCCUCCUUCUCCUCCCUUUCCUCCCACCUCCUCCUCCUCCCGUGCUGCUCCCAGGAUGCGCGGGGCCGUCCCCAGGCUCAGCCUGACGCUGCUGGCGGCGGAGAGCGGCGCCCGUGAGUGAGCGCGCAGGAUGCGCGCAGGAUGCACAAAGGAUGCGCAGGGGCGUGCGGGGCUGCGCUCCGGCGGAGGGGAGGGGGAAGGCGGAUGGGAUGCUGGCAGUGACUCUUUUGCGGCCAUCCCGGGGUCCCGAAUCACCUCCGUGUACCGGGGAGGGGGGAUCAUCCCUGCGCCCCGCGCUUGGGGAGAUGCGUGGUUCUGCUCCCGGCAUCCCCGCGGGCCCAGCAGUCCUCUUGGAUUUUGUUUUCAUAUUUGAAUAAUUGAAUUUUUCCCCCCCCCCCACUUAUUUAUUUAUUUGUUUGUUUUGGAGCCCGAGCUUUUUAUCGGGCUGGGCCCCUCGGUGGCGGUGGCUGUGCCUCAGCUGACAAAGCCACCGGGAGCCGGCAGCUGGAGAUAAGCCCUGGGCUUAUGAAUUUCUGGCGGGAAUGGCUUUAAACUGACAGAGAGCAGGUUUACAUUGGAUAUUAGGAGGAAAUUCUUCACUAUGAGGGUGGGGAGACCCUAACACAGGCUGCCCAGAGAAGCUGUGGCUGCCCCUGGAUCCCUGGAAGUGUCCCAGGCCAGGCUGGACAGGGUUUGGAACCACCUGGAUCAGUGGAAGGUGGCAGGGGGUGGAAUGAGAGGAGCUUUAUGGUCCCUUCCCACCCAAACCGUUCUGGGAUUCUCUGGUUAUGAAUGGCACCGCUCAGUUGCUGGGGGGGUGUGGCUGUGUCAUCCCUCAGCACCGGCUCUCUGCCCUUCUCCAGGGCUUUGUGCCAUCAUCCACUACCUUGUCCGUGGGCAGCUGGGCUGGUUCGGGCUGACCAUCGCCUGCCUGGUGCCCGGCUACGCCGCCCAGCUCCUCAGCAUCCUCUGGUUCCGGGCAGACGGACACGCACCCGGCUGCUGGCUCCUGCUGCUCCACCUCCUGCAGCUGGGCCUCUGGAAGCGGUACUGGGAUGUUCUGCGGGCGGCGGCGAAGACGGGCGGCGGUGCCGGGGAGCUGCUGGCUCAGCUCGGGGAUGUUUGUGUGCUGCGGCUCCUGGAGGCCCUGCUGCAGACCCUGCCUCACCUUCUGCUCCAGGCCUAUGUCGUGGUGGCUGUGGACCCAGCAGGAUUCAUCCCUGGUGUCAGUGCAGGGCUGUCCCUGCUGUCCCUGGCCUGGGCUUUGGUCUCCUACAGCCACUUCACCUUCCUGCUGAAGCCUGGACACCUGAGCCCCCCAGCUGCUGUCAUCCUGUGCCUGCUGCUCUGGAGGACAGGGAUGCUGGGGACCCGGGUCCUGGCCCUGGUGCUCUUUGCCAGGCUUUAUUCCUUCUGGGUUUUUGCUGUGGCAGGGGCCCACUGGCUGCUCAUGUCCUUCUGGCUGGGGGCCCAGCAGACGGAUAUCGUGGCCCAGCCGUGCCGCUGGAGGCUCUUCAACUGCCUGCUGGGAGCUGUGUACAUCUUCUGCUACAUCAACGUCCGGCCCGGCCCCUCCAAGACCAGGGUGGCCGUAUUUUAUGCAAUAAUGAUGAUGGAGAACACGCUCCUGCUGCUGUUGGGCACCCGGUUCCUGCAGGUAGAGCUGAGGAACAGCCUGACUGUGACUGGAGCUGUCAUGUCAGGGUCUUUAAUAGGUGCCACAGCUCUGGUGAUUUACUACAGCCUGCUCCAUCCCAAGUCCACAGAGAUCUGGCAGGGGUUCCUGCAGACAAUGUGCAGUGCUGCAGCAGCUGGGGAUGAGGAGGAGUCUGGAGAGAGCUCCCAAGCUGGGCAGAGUUCAGGGACUUUGGGAGAUGAGGAGUCCUUGCCAGCAGAAGGGACCAAGACAGAGCCCAAAAAUGAGACCAGCUCAUCGCUGCUGCAGUCCAAAGGGUGUUUGGAGGACAGCUGGACAGACCAUCACCACUGGCUGCUGGUGAAGCUGGCCUUGAAGACGGGAAAUCUGUCUGUGAUCAACGCAGCUUUUGGAGAUGGUGGCGUGGGAGAGGCUUUUCCUGGAGGAUGGAUGAUGGGGAAACCCCCUGGUGUUGAGCCUGGAGCAAACUUUUCCCUCCCUAUGAGGGACAUCCAUCCCUCUGGACUGGCAGUGGGGAAUGGAGGAGGCAUCAAAGCCAGCGCUGGUGCUCUGGGAAUGGCACAGGAGGAUGGAGCAGGGCAGGAACCUGAUUUUCCCCCAUCCACAUCCCACCCCGGUGGCUUCUCCCCGGAUUCGACCGAGAGCUCCUCUGUGUAUUUCAGUGCCAGUGCAGGAGGCAUCGCCUCGCCUGGGACAGGGACAGCCACAGCCACAAGCAUGGCCCUGGUGCAAAGGGACAGCAAAGCUCAGCCUCCCCCAGGCUGCCUGGGAGGAGGAGGAGGAGGAAGAGGAGGGGAUUUAUCCCUUGGGAUGACCAGCAUCAGCCCAAUCCUGGGUGCUUGUGCCCACAAGUGUCUGCAGAGAAGCGCUUCCUUCAGCAACACAAGCAGCUGUGGGGUGGCAGGUCUCCCCAAAGAGGGCUCAGAGCCCACAGGGACAGAGGGUGCCCUUGUGGGGUGCCAUCACCUUUGGGACACCCACCCUUGUGGCCCACAGGGGACUGUGGUGAGGAGCAAGCUGAGGUCACCGUGCUUCACCUCUACCCCCAAGGCUGGCUCUAAAUGCUCCCAGCGAGGACUGGGGGAGCUGGGAGAGGGGACAGACCUGUCUGGGUUACCAGAGUGACCCUGUAAAUGGCUGUACUGUCACCUUGGGUCAGCCUUGGGGUGACUGUCUCAUCAGCAGGGCAUGGCAGGAGGUGGUGGGACGAAGACUGUCCCCACAGUGCCCAUGUCAUGGGCCAGAUGCACUCCUCCAUCACUGGGACAUCACCUUCCCUCCCAAUACAUCUAGUGGCAGUCUUGAAGAACUUCAAAAGCCUUAAAAAGCCCUAAAAGUCCAGGGCUGGUUAUUUAUUAAGCUGAUUUAUGUCACAGACCUGCCAGGCAGCUGGAGCCUUCUGCCUCUGGUGUAUUUGUGACAGUGACUUGAGGUGUGUCCUUAAACCAGUGCCUGCACAAGCUGCUGGCCUGUCCCAGUGUGGAGAUCUGGUUGCUGUCUCCAGGGGCUGCAGUGCUGGCCAAAGCAGUUUUCUCAGGACAAAUAAGUGCCUAAACCAGAAAAAGGAUGGGUUUUACUCUCAGAUGUCCUUCCUUCUGGGCAGAGUAAGGCCUCAAGUAAGGUUCAGCUUUGCUUGAUUGUUUUUCCCUACCAGGUUUAUCUUGUGACCCCAACAACUUCAGUGUUGGGGGUCACACAGGAUUGCAGAUUCUCUUCCUGCUCCUCAGAACCUGGAAUUACAACCAAAAGCCAUGUCCUGCUGCUUGCCCACUGUCUUGCCUCUAGUGGUCUUUUCUAUCCAGCUUCCUCCUUGUCCCCUUCCAGCGGAAGAUCACAGGACCCCAGAAUUAUUUGGGUUGGAAGGGACCUUAAAGCUCGUCCAGUUGCAAUCCCUGCCAGAUGCAGGAACACCUUCCACGGACCAGGCUACCAGGUUAGAAUCCACAUCUGCCUGGAUGCUCCCUCCUAAACUUGGCCUCAGGCCAAAUCUCAAACCAGUUCCACACCACCAGUGCAGGCAGGGUUUAUUUGUGUCAGGAACUAAAACCAUCAACACCACAGUCUCAAAUAGCCAGUGCUUCCCACCAGGCUGGCUGAGCAUGGAUUUGUGCCCAGGGCACAGGUUUCUGCCCAGGACAUGGCUCAACAUGUUAGUUGAGGUGUGAUCAGCUGGAUUAACCACCAAGCUCCUGAGUGCCAGCUGGAGCACAUCUGGCUGUGCUCUCCAGCUGUUGUCCUGCUGUGGGCAGGACUCUGCUGCUGCCACAGGGCAGGGAAGGCAGCAGGGAGGGCACAGGCAUGUGAUGAAUUAUUUAAAAAAGCUUCCAUGAUGCAUUCACUGCUCAGGGCAGAUGUUCCCUUGGGGCACAGAAAACCCAGUUGGUGCUGAGUGUGAAGUGAAGCCACAUUCCAAGGGGAUGAAGGCUCCCUGUCUCCAUCUGGACCCCAGCCCCCUGUGCUGUGCCUGUGCUCUGCAGGCAGGAGCAGUUCCUGUGGCUUUUCCAGAGCCCUUCUCAUUGUGUGGAUCACAUAGAAGGCAGCAGUGCUGCCAGGCUGUUGCAGGAAUUUUUAUCUAGCUUGGUUUUCUACUUUUGAUAAUAUAUAAUUAUACCUGAAAACACCCCAAA